AUUCGUUCACAGGAAUCAAUUCAACAUGAACAACUUCCACACAGCACUCAUAUUUUUCCUUGGUUUUGUUUCCUUCAAUUUGUUUCAAGUUUCAGUUGCAUCUGUUGUUUCAACAGGAGACUUCAAUAAGGACUUCUUUGUGAUAUGGUCUCCUACACAUGUAAACACAUCUGCUGAUGGACACACAAGAACCUUGAAGCUGGAUCAAGAAUCUGGGGCUGGUUUUGCUUCUAAUCAGAAGUUUUUGUUUGGGCAAAUUGACAUGCAAAUCAAACUAGUACCAGGUCAUUCUGCAGGCACAGUCCUGGCAUAUUAUUUGACCUCUGAUCAACCAAAUCGUGAUGAGAUUGACAUUGAGUUUUUAGGCAACAUCUCAGGGGAGCCAUAUAUUCUUCAAACAAAUAUUUAUGCAAAUGGGUCUGACAAUAGAGAGGAGAGGAUUCAUCUCUGGUUUGACCCAACAAAGGACUUCCAUACUUAUUCUAUAUUGUGGAAUCUGCACCAGAUUGUGAUAAUGGUGGACACGAUUCCUGUAAGGUUGUACAGAAACCAUGCGGACAAGGGAGCAGCAUUUCCUAGAUGGCAACCAAUGAGUUUGAAAGUGACCCUGUGGAAUGGUGAUGAAUGGGCAACAAGAGGUGGCCAAGAUAAGAUUAACUGGACAAAGGGUCCUUUCAUAGCUUCAUUCAGAGAUUACAAGAUUGAUGCUUGUGUGUGGAAAAGGAACCCAAGGUUUUGCAGAGCAGCUAGCCCUGCCAAUUGGUGGAACCAAUACAAGUUCAGCUCACUUACUUCGACUCAGAGAAGGUGGUUCAAAUGGGUCAGGAAAUACCACAUGAUUUAUGACUAUUGCCAAGACAAUGAGAGGUUCCAAAACAAUCUUCCAAGGGAAUGUUCUCUUCCCAAGUAUUGACCAAACGGAAGUUUGAUGUGAAAAUGUUAAAAGUUAGCUUUGAUUUGAUAAGUAUCAAUAAUUAUUUAGCCCUUGGUGUAAAGCAUUCAAUCAUGUGGAUUUGCCUAGGUCAUGAAUCAGGAAAUUUAUACAUCAAGGUAUUGAUAGAAAUUUGGUUUUAAAGUGUCACCCCUAUACAUUAUUAACAAUAAAGACAUUAUUACGUUGUUUAA